CGGAGCGCACGCGCCGUGCCGGCGGGGCUGGUGCGCAGGCGCGAAGGUGCCGGGAGGAGGGCGGAGUACGGGCGCCCCCUGCCGGCCAUGGCGGGGUCAGCUCGGGCCUCUGUUCUCACCGCGCCCUGCGGGCACAGCCCUGCCACUGACACGACCGCAAACCCCUCACAGCAGUCUGGUACUAACGUGGGGUGUUGUGUGUCUCCAUAGUGCGCAGGGAGCCCGUGGCGGAGUGUGAAGGGAGGUUUAUGCGGGUAGUGCCGGAGCACAGAAAGCGACUGUGGCAGCCGAGCCCCGGCGUUAACAGCUGGCUGCCCAUUCCUCUGCAAGGCCGCGGGGAAGAUUAUGCAGCACUUGGGGUCGAUAACGCCACUGCGCAAAGGGCACUUUCUCCUCACAGCAUCGAGGAACCUAGCCGGUCUUACCAGGCGGUGUAAGCCGCCUUCCCCGGGCCCAGCAGUCAGAAGGGCUGAUCUGCUGAGAAGCAGCGGGUGGAAGCCGGGCAGCGGACACUGAUAGAGCUGCAGUACCAGAGCCCGGCUCCAGUCCGGCCCCAUGCCCGCACUGGCUGACACUGGCUCUGGGGAUCCGUCCACCAGCCACUGAUAGGCCGCCUGAAACGACAUUCAAAGAAUUGCCUUUUCUGAUUGGUCUAUUUUGUCCCGCAGUGCAUUAUGAGAGUUGUGGUUCGGUUCCUGCCCGCUCAUUGUGCACUGUGCACGCACUUACUACAUUUCCCGCCAGGCGUUGCAGGGAGAGCGCGACUGCAUUGCUCGGCGUCUGCUUAUCCGGGUCCUCAAGCGGUCCGGCCAAUCAGCGCGCCUCAAAGGGCGUGUGCCAGGCGGUGAUUGGUGGGUUCGGACUGGCGAGCCCUGUUUGAAAUCCGUUAACGGCGGCGGCAGGGGCGCCGCGCGGAGUGGCGGCGGCGCUGCUGAGGUGAGUGCGGGGCCACCGGUCGGACACCCCCGGCCUCACCCCUCUUUCCCCGAUCCGUAGCCCUUCCCUAUAUCUGGUCGUUCGCUUCGGCUGUGGCGAUGCGGCUAUUCCCCAGGCCUGCUCCGAGCCCAGGUAUUGAUAACGGGGCCUCGGCUGGGAAACGGAGGCGGAAGGUGGGCUCUGGCCGCUCAGCCCGUGGCUGGAGCCGCCCGCGGCGCCUGGCGGGCGGGCUCGGAACGGAGCCCUGGGGACUGACUGCGAAGCCCUCGUUCCCCGGGGAAGCCGAGCCCGGAGCCCGCGGCCGGUAACGGGAGGAGCCGCCGUGGCGGGGGGGUUCCCGGUACUGGAGCGCUACGCGUGUGCCUUACGGGCUGUAGCAGUGCAGACAGAGGACUCUUGGGGACAGUGUGACUGUGAAGAUGUCUAAGCCAGAAUCCCGUUAUUCUUUUGAUGUCCCAAACAUCUGCAUUGAUUUUGCAACUCUGAAUGAGGAUGAUGUGCACAAUGCAGACUCCUGGUUUGAUGAAAAAGCCAAUCUGGAGAAUGUCCCUCCUGCAGAAAAUCUGGCAAAGGUCUCACACUGCAGCCCUGCUUUUUCAAAGCCUGAUGUUAUUCUGUCUUCUGUCCCAUCACAAGAAGUAGCAAUGAGUGAAAACGAUGGUGAAGCAGAAUGUGCCCAGGGCAACACAGUCCCUCAGAAUAUCAUUGGGUCCCUGGCAACCUGGAGAGCUGCUGCCCCUGCAGAGGCCCCUCAGAGACCAGGCAGGAGACUGGCUGCAAAGCAGGGGAAGACCCAGCAGCGCAAGCAGCCAGGCAGAAUCAAAGCAGAGAGAAUUGCUAAUGCCCUGGAUAAUAAGGAAGAUGUUCCACCCUUGAAGAAAAUGAGACUUUCUGGUAGCAGAGAGAAGGUGACAGAAACGUCCACAAAGAAAGAGCCCCUGCAGGAUCCUGACCUCUCUCCAGGGAGAGGGAAAAGCAAACAGACCAUGCCCUCCACGCCAACAAUGUUGAAGAGGACCAAACCUUCUAGCAAGGCAAAGAGUACAGAGGAGCAGGAGCUGGAAAAGAUGCAGCAGUUGCAGCAGGAGGUUAUGGAGCUGCGGAAGAAGAACGAGGAGUCUCUGAAAGCAGCUAUUGCUGGAGCAGGACAACCCGUGAAGAAACCUGUUGGUCAAGUAACAAAGCCAAUUAAUUUCCACUUCUGCACAGAGGAUAGAAUUAAACAGAAUGCAGAAAGCCAGCCUGGGAACGAGUACAAGGAGCUGGAUUUUGCAGCAGUCCUGAGGAAGCAUCCCCCUUCUCCGGUGCGAAUGCCAAAGGGGCACACUGUCCCCAAACCUUUCAAUCUGUCCCAGGGAAACAAAAGAAAACAUGAAGAACCCACAACAGAAUAUGUGUCAUUUGCUGAGCAGGUAGAAGCAUUCCAAAAGCGCACACCCCCUCGUUACCAUUUGAGGAGCAGGAAAUCUGAGGAAGGCUCAGUUUCAAAAAAGCCAGUGAAGGCUGGGCCCACACACCCCAAAACACCAGUGCUGCGAACGAAGCAGCGCUCGAGACCUGUCACCUGCAAAACUGCUGCAGAGUUAGAAGCAGAGGAAAUAGAGAAAAUUCAACAGUACAAAUUCAAAGCACGAGAAGUCAAUCACAAAAUCUUUGAGGGUGGGCCACUCCUGCCCAAGAAACCCCCUGUGAAGAAGCUCACCCAACCUAUUGGCUUUCAGCUGGAAAUAGAAAAAAGGAUUCAGGAGCGUGAGAGUAAGAAGCAGCAGGAGGAAGAGCGCUUCGAAUUCCAUUCCAGGCCAUGUCCCACAAAAAUCCUGGAGGAUGUUGUGGGUGUUCCAGAGAAGAAAGCACUUCCUAUUACAGUCGCCAAGUCUCCAGCCUUUACCUUGAGAAGCAGGACCCGUGUGUCUGGCAGAGAGGAGGAAAAGGAAAAGGAGGAGGUGGCUGUGAUCAAAGCUAAUCCUAUGCCACAUUAUGGGGUUCCCUUCAAACCCAAAAUGCCAGAGCAGAGGCACGUGGAAGUUUGCCCCUUCUCUUUCGAUGCCCGGGACAGAGAGCGACAAAUACAAAAAGAGAAAAAAAUAGAAGAACUACAGAAGGAAGAGGUGCCAAAGUUCAAAGCGCUGCCUCUGCCUUACUUUGACCAAGUUAAACUGCCAGAAAAGAAGGUCAAAACUGCAACUCAGCCUGAGCCAUUCCAUCUGCAGGUGGAUGAACGGGGAGCUGCCAAACUCCAGAGCUGGAAACAGCAGCUUGAAGAGGACUUGAAAAGGCAGAAAGAGGCAGCAUGUUUUAAAGCUCGUCCCAACACAGUGGUUUACCAGGAGCCUUUUGUGCCCAAAAAGGAACAUAGGAUGCUAUCAGAGAGCCUUUCUGGUUCUGUAGUUCCUGAAAGCUUUGAGCUGGCAACAGAAAGAAGAGCAAGAGAACGGCAAGAAUUUGAAAAGCGAUUGGCAGACGCAGAAGCCUUAAAGGAGAGGUAUGAGGAGCAGAUCAGGCAGGAACAAGAGGAGCGUGAAAAGGAAGAAGUUGCUAAGCUAAGACAAGAAAUGGUUCACAAGGCAAACCCAAUACGCAAAUACCGCAGCCUGGAAGUGAAGUCCAGUCAUCAACCACUGACUGUGCCAAAGUCUCCCAACUUCUCAGACAGAUUCCGAUGCUGAUGAGCAUCCACAUCCAUGUGACAACUGCUGGGAGAUCCCAUCCCUCUCCACUCCCUUGGUAGGGAGAGAGGGAGCAAUUGUUUUUCCAUGACUGCUCAGUCUGAACUCCUAUGCUUGGUUUCAUUGUUGUACUGAGUAGUUAAACUCCACCUGAACUUGUGGCAUUUCAGCAGUGCCUCCUGGCCUUGCUGUGUAUACAGACCCCAUCUUCUCUAGAGACUAAACCAGGUUUUGAUAUUGCAUACAGAUAUUUUAUACCUAACUAAAUAAAAAUUCCUAAUCCGCUCGCUGUCUCUGGCUAGUGGGCUGAAGCCCUUUCCUGCAGAAGAGUUUUUGAUAAAGACUGGCCACACAGAUGUGUGCAUCUGGCACAGCUGUCUUAUGUUUUUACACUAAGUGCUAUUUUCAAGUGUCUUGUUUUUUAGCAUUUUAGUCUACAUUUAGCUUGAAUUGUGUUAAGUGAGGUUCCUUCAAGCCAGUGUAGCGCGGGUCUGGCCUUCCUUGUUGAUGUUUAGAUGACCACAAAUAUAAAUCUUGCCCACGCUUAAAAGUAAUUCUUUGUGUAAAUUAGAGUAUUAAACCAUCUUGCUGUUUUAUAGCUGAAGCCCUGUUUGGGGAGCCAUUUAUCUGGCAAGUGACUUGCUGUGAGCUGCUGCCCCAGCUUCUGGUAGUGCAGGUCUCUUGGCUACAGAGCCAUCAGCAUCUCUGGCUAGUUUGGGCAGCGAGCAGAACUAAACAGCCCAAGUGCUCAAUUGUGUUGGAGGACAAAACUGCUGGCAUUAUGAAGAGUGGACACAUCUAGAUUAAAGUUUUAAUAAUUAUUUCUUACUUAAUAUUGUGCUCUGAUUUCUUACUUUUAUAUUUUGCUGAAAUACCUGCUCACACCCAUGAGCAGGGCUGCUUGCCACUGUUGUGCUGCUUAGUAGAGGGGGAGAAAUGGAAAUUUAGAAUUAAUUUGUCCUAACCGGACAAACUUAUUUGGUGGUUAUGGAAAACAUUUGCUUUCAUUUCUUCUGAACUGGGAUACUGUUGAAGAAGUAUUCCCAGAAUGUGUAGCUUUUUGUUCAGAUUUUUGGGUAAAAAAGAGAGUCCCAACUAGGUGUUAGAUUCCACCUUAAGGAGGUGCUUAGAGAUGCUGUCUCGCUCUUGCCAAAGUACAUCAAGGAAUUGCUAUUUUAUCCUAGAUUGAGAGAGAUAGCAGUGGAAGAAAGUCCUUAGAGACCUAAAUGCCAAGAUGAAUGUUUAUUGGACCUGAGAGAUGAUGUUUCUGCAGGAAUUCUCCUAAAAAGUGGGAUGCCCAAGAGAAGUCAUUGCAGAACAGCUGGGGUCUCUAUGGGAAUGUUUUCAAGAGUACCAGCCUCAAACUUCCGUGCUGGGAUUAAAAGAGGAAAAGCCACCCACACUGAAAUACAAGGAUUCUUCAAAAAAAUUAAAGGUUUUAUGUAGCUAGAACUGAGGAGCUGGAGAAUGAGAGCCUUGGGGAAGUACUGAAAGGAUUAAUGACCCCAUGGCAGUGUGGGUUCUUGGAAUUGGUGAGCUCAGACAUGGCUCCAUUUUGCUCAAGUUUCAGCUUUUCCUUCCCUUCUCUUGAGGAUCUUUGUGUAGCUGUGGCAGAGGUUGGCCCAAAAGUUUGAUCUAAUUACCCAGUCUGCCUUCAGCCACAUUUUUCUGACUUUGCUGAUAGCCCUGUGUCACUGAGCUGAGAGUUACAGGACAGCCAGAAAAACUGCUGUCACUGCUGCUGUCACAAUUUGCAGGGUGGCUGGAGCACAAGGGACAUGUCCGCAUCCUCUUCUUGAAAAUGAAAAUCCAUGUGGAUCUGACCUGUCUGCCUUAACCCCAUUUCUGUCAUGGUGGGGCUGUUCCCUGUGAUCUGCUACUGGCUGGGGACAUCACAGAACCUCAGAUGUUUUUUCCUCGAGUGCCAGCUCUGGAGAAGGCAGCGUGUGGGCAGCAGAAGCAGCAAAUAUUUAUGAUGAGUCAGGAGGAAGCUGGAAUGAUGAUGAGCUGCUGAAGAAUGUGAAGGCAAGCAGGAUCAUGAGGCCGUGGAACUGGAGCAGCCACUAAGCCCUGAAGGAUGAAGCAGCUGGAUUUCCCUGAUGGCCCUACAUGGCCUCUUCUGCCUUGAGGAAGGGGUUGUGUGCCUGACAGCUUGGCAGUGUUUUUUCCCCAAUGGUAUCAUUUGGGUCUAAUAAAAGACAUUACAUCUUCCCCCAGA